GUUUAUUUAUGAGAGUAACACCCCUUGACUGCACGUGGACUUUGUUGAUAUGUCGACGGAAUAAAACUAUUUAUUUUUUAUAAGUGAUACACCAAACGUGAUUAUUCUGUUAUCAGCUGGUUGCACAUUAAUGUUAGUAAGACGGACACAGUGGGAUAUACGUGUUCAGAUGAAACGAUGAGAAUGGUCUCUUGUCACUUGUUUGUUCUGUGUGUUUUAACGUGUUUACACGUGUCAUCGGCCACCCUCUCUAAGAGUGAUAAGUCAAAGAAGAACAAAGAUGGCAAAAAGAGUAAAGUGAAGAGCGUGUUUGAGAGGGGCUUGGUGAAAAAAGAUAUCACCAUCAAGGAUAUCCUCAAAGAGCAUGCUGUGUAUAGUCUGUCACAAGUGGAUAACAAGGCAUUUGGAGGAGAAACACUAGCUUACGUAACACCAUGGAACAGCCAUGGUUAUGAUAUAGCAAAGAUAUUCGGCAACAAGUUCGACUAUGUGUCUCCAGUCUGGCUGCAGAUCAAGCGUAAACCAGGGGGGGCGUUCUUCAUGCAGGGCGGCCAUGACAUCGAUAAAGGAUGGGUGACUAAUGUGAUUAAAGAAAGAAACACAAAAAUGGUGCCUCGUGUGUUGUUUGAUGGGUGGAACUACAGUGAUUACAAGGCAGUGUUUGCUAGUGAGGAUCUCAUAGAGGAUUGUAUCAACACUAUUCUCAAGUUCCUUAAGAAACAAGGGAUGCCCGGUAUCGUGGUUGAAAUCUGGUCUCAACUCGGAGGACAUAUGAGGGAAGAGCUGGUGCACUUCCUCACACACAUGGGAGAGAUGUUCCGAGCAGACAACAAGCUCUUCAUCCUCGUCAUCCCUCCACCCCUGUAUGGGAAAGACAGGCCGGGGCUGAUUUCCAGGAAGGAGUUUGAAGCUCUGGCCCCAUAUGUUGACAGGUUCAGUCUCAUGACCUACGACUUCUCCAACCCUCAGAGGCCAGGACCAAACAGCCCCCUGGUGUGGGUGAGAGAGUGUGUGGAGACAUUAUCUCCCCCUGAUUCAGCCCAGUACAGAGAUAAGAUCCUACUGGGACUGAACUUCUAUGGCAAUCACUAUGGCCCAGGAGUUGGGGAACCAGUUUUAGGAAACAAAUAUAUUGAAAUUCUUAAAACCAAGCCAAAGAUUUCAUGGAGAGAAGAUAUCGCAGAACACAUUGUUGAAUUCAGCAGUACCGGACAGCACGUGGUGUUCUUCCCCACACCACACUCCAUCCAGUUGAGGCUCGACCUGGCCAAACAGCUUGGGACCGGCAUCUCUAUAUGGGAAGUGGGGCAGGGACUGGACUUCUUCUAUGACUUGUUGUGAUGGACGAGGCUCAGCUUUACAUGUAGGUGGACACUGGGAGCGUGCUGUGGGGCAAGGACUGGACUUCUUCUAUGACUUGUUGUGAUGGACGAGGCUCAGCUUUACAUGUAGGUGGACACUGGGAGCGUGCUGUGGGGCAAGGACUGGACUUCUUCUAUGACUUGUUGUGAUGGACGAGGCUCAGCUUUACAUGUAGGUGGACACCGGGAGCGUGCUGUGGGUCAAGGACUGGACUUCUUCUAUGACUUGUUGUGAUGGAUGAGGCUCAACCCUGCCUUGCAGUUGGACACCGGGACCUCAUGAUAAGCUUGAACUAUUGGUCUGUUUGUAGUCACCAAAUGGUAGCUUUGUUUGAAGCAUACAAAUAGAAACAUAAUCAUAAAUAUUGUACACUUGUACAAUCCCGACUAUAUCACAGCCAUAUGUUUAUGAAUCACUACGCAAAUAGUGAUGAUACCAGGUGUUUCUCAAAAGGUGAGCAUAUCCUGCCCCACCUGUGGCACCCAUCACAAACACAUGCAGUGCCAAGUCAUUUGCUCACCUGAAAGAACACAGGAACAUCUGGUACAAGUCAAAAUGGAGAAUUGCAUCAGACAUCAGUUUGUCACUGAUGUGUCAUAUUUGGAAAUGUCAUCAACAUGACUAUAAUAAAUCGUUU